CGGGGCUCGGCGGGGCGGGGCCAGGCGAUGGCGACCGCGGAGCCCAGCGAGCCUGCGGCGAGGGCGUCUCUCCCGGCACCCCGGCCCAGCGGGACCGGAGCUGCAGGGCCGCCCACCGAGCGAAGCGGCAUUGGAGUCCCCUGGCUGGGGAAGCGGACCCCGGCGGCUGUGGAGAAGCGGGGGCCGUACAUGGUGGCGCGCGCGCCUUCCAGUCAGGCCAAGCUGCAGAAGCACCGGGACCUGGCUAAGGCAGUUCUGCGGAGAAAAGGCAUGCUGGGGGCCGCGCCGAACCGCCCCGACUCUUCAGGGAAAAGGUCAGUGAAGUUUAACAAGGGCUAUACUGCUCUUAGUCAGAGUCCAGAUGAAAACCUGGUGUCCCUCGACUCUGACAGUGAUGGGGAGCUGGAAUCCAGAUACUCCUCCGGGUAUUCCUCUGCAGAGGUGAACCAGGAUGUGAGCCGGCAGCUGCUCCAGGAUGGGUACCACCUGGAUGAGAUUCCAGAUGAUGAGGACUUGGACCUCAUUCCCCCCAAGCCUAUGACUUCCUCCACAUGCUCCUGCUGCUGGUGCUGUCUUAGGGAUGCUUCCUCCUGUACCCUCCAGUAGACAUAACCCCCUAAGAUGGGCCCUGCUCACCAUGACUGCAGAGUCCUGUUGGCCCUUCAUUGGUCACAGAGUGCAGUGGGAACUGCUGUCAACCCCCGAAUCACUGGAGACACUGACCCUCUGGGAAAGUCAGUGACCGCAGUUACCCCAUACCUGGUGCUUCUCAGGCCAGAGGCCCCCAUCUGGGCCACAGGGGAUAGGUGGGAUUCUGCAGUUUUCCUCUGCUGUUGGAAUGGUUGGAGAAACCACUUUAAUAAGGGAAGGAACAGAGGAAUUCUGGUUCUUAUGGUGAGUGACAAAGUUGGCUAAGAGAAAAACUUGCAGACAUCUUUGUCACCAUGCCGUAUGGAGGGGAAAGGAGAGCUCCUGCGCCCAGGUUGUGCUGGAUAUGUUGUGUGGAGGCAGAGAACAGCACUUUAUGGCUUGCAGCUGGGAGUCUCUGAAAAAGAAUUUAACUAUUUGGGACCAAUCCAGUUCAAGAAAUUCCAUAUGCUCUCCUCCUCUUCCUAGCUCCAAGAUGGGUUACCUAUUUGACCUUCAAGAGAACAUAAAGCAGGGCCCUUUGAAGGCCCUCUUCCAGUUGUUCCUGUUUGACUGUUCAGCAGGUUGCUUAAUGGCACAACCUGAUCAAGGCUUCCAGAAUCCCUGGAAGCACAGCAUUCCCAUCUGGUCCAACUGUCUGGGUGAGCUUAGUAACUUGGUCCGU